AUGGCAACCUCGGAACUUUACCCCUUCUAUUCCAAAGAGGACCUAACAAAGAAAUUCGUUAGCAAAUCUAUCAAGGAUGUAACACUCCCUGCUGCUGUGAUCGACCGUCAGAAGGUGAAAAGAAAUUGUGAUCGCAUGCUCGACGCUUGUGAGGAGCUGAAAUUUAGAUGGAGAGCUCAUAUUAAGACUCAUAAAACAACUGAGUUGACCAAGUUACAAGUUGGCGAUGGAAAUGGACCAGCCAAUCUCAUAGUCUCCACUAUCAUUGAAGCCGAAAAUGUUGCUCCAUUGCUGCUUGAAUACAAAGCUGCUGGUCGUGCCGUUAACGUUCUAUACAGUUUCCCUGUAACCCCAGGAGCUGUUGAGCGACUCUCACAGUUAAACAAGUCACUCGGACAAAAUGGUCUCUCACUCAUGGUCGACCAUCCAACGCAACUUGAAUCAGUAAUCGCAAUUCACAAAGCAACAUCAAUCGCCCCCUCAAUCUUCCUCAAAAUUGACAUGGGCGGCCGCCGAGCCGGUGUAGUCCCAGAAACCGAAGCCUGCUCUCAACUCAUCACAUCAAUCCUCUCCCUCGAAAAAGCCGGACAAGCUAUAUUCCUCGGUCUCUACUCCCACGCCGGCCACUCCUACAGCAGCAACUCCCAAGACUCAGCCCUCGACUAUCUCCGUCUCGAAUUCGAAUCCCUCCUCACAACCCUCUCAACAGUGCACGCCCAAUCCCCAUCCAAACAACUCAUCCUCUCCGUCGGCGCAACACCCACCACAACAUCCAUCCGCAACCUCCUCUUACCCAACACGCCCGAAACCCCCGCCAUCACCGCGCUCAAGAAAACAAUCAGCCAAAUCCAAUCCCAAAACGCGCUUAUAGAAAUCCACGCAGGGGUUUACCCACUCCUAGACUGCCAACAACUCGCCACCAACGCCCUCCCGACCACCGGUCCAAACGCCCAGCUCACAUUCAACGACAUAGCCUUCACGAUAAUCGCCGAAGUAGCAUCGCUCUACCCCUCCCGCGGCACCGACGGGACCGCAGAAGCGCUUCUCGGCGCCGGCUCCCUCGCACUAGGUCGCGAACCGUGUAAAGCGUAUAGCGGAUGGGGAAUUUUGACGCCGUGGAACCGCGUGGGCGUGUCUAUGCCUAGCGUGCCUUUAGAAGAGUAUAAAGGAUGGAAAGUCGGGCGGAUCAGUCAGGAACAUGGGAUCUUGACUUGGGAUGGGGAGAAGGGGGAGGAAGAGCCGUUGGAGGUGGGGAUGAAGGUUCGGGUGUGGCCGAAUCAUGCUUGUAUUGCUGGGAGGGGGUUUGAUUGGUAUUUUGUUGUUGAUGGGGGGAGGGAGGGGAGGGAGGAUGAGAUUGUGGAUGUUUGGCCUAGGUGGAGGGGGUGGUAG